UGGAUGCGGAUGUGAGUCCCUAGGUCUGAGCGUGACCGGAGGUGGGAGGCUGCAUCUGUCUCCGGCUCCGCCCACUCCCACCGGCUCUCAGUAACCUUUUUCUCUCGCUCAGGCAGAAAACUUAAAAUGGGGGGGGGGGGGCUGUCCAAACCCUCCCUCACCCCAUUGCUCUUCCACCCCCCCUUUCCACAGUCCCUUUUCCGUACCAACUCUGGGGUGUGGGGACUGUCCCUACGACUUCCCCAUGCCCACUUUCUUCCCGUGAAGAGAGAGGCCUAUACGCUGGAUGCACCAGGGGUCCCUACAGCCCAGGUCCCCAGCCCAUCUUCCCCGCUCGUGCCCCGAAAACGCCGCUACACGUUGACCCCGGCCAGGCUGCGCUGGGACCACUUCAACCUCACCUACAGGAUCCUCUCCUUCCCUCGGAAUCUGCUGAGCCCCCGUGAGACUCGCCGGGGCCUGGCUGCUGCUUUCCGGAUGUGGAGCGACGUUUCCCCCUUCAGUUUCCGUGAGGUGGCCCCUGAGCAGCCCAGCGACCUGCGGAUAGGUGGGCGCUGUGCCCCUGCCCCUGCCCAGCCCAGUGGGCUCUAUCUCAGCCCUCCCCUCUCCACAGGCUUCUACCCAGCCAACCACACGGACUGCCUGGUCUCUGCUCUGCACCACUGCUUUGACGGUCCCACGGGCGAGCUGGCCCACGCCUUCUUCCCACCGCACGGUGGCAUCCACUUUGACGACAGCGAGCACUGGGUCCUGGGCCCCACACGCUACAGCUGGAAGAAAGGUGUGUGGCUCACAGACCUGGUGCACGUGGCAGCCCACGAGAUCGGCCAUGCACUGGGCCUGAUGCACUCCCAGCACAGCCGGGCACUCAUGCAUCUCAACGCCACGCUGCGUGGCUGGAAGGCACUGUCUCAGGACGAGCUGUGGGGGCUGCACCGGCUCUACGGCUGCCUGGACCGGCUGUUUGUGUGUGCGUCCUGGGCACGGAAGGGCUUUUGUGACACCCGCAGGAGGCUCAUGAAGAGGCUGUGCCCCAGCAGCUGCGACUUCUGCUAUGAGUUUCCCUUCCCCACGGUGGCCACCACCCCAUCACCCCCCAGGACCAAAACCAGGCUGGUGCCAGAGGGCAGAAAUGUGACCUUCCGAUGUGGUCAGAAGAUCCUCCACAAGAAAGGCAAAGUGUACUGGUACAAGGACCAGGAGCCCCUCGAAUUCUCCUACCCUGGUUACCUGGCCCUGGGUGAGGCUCGCCUGAGCAUCAUCGCCAACGCUGUCAACGAGGGCACGUACACGUGUGUGGUCCGCCGGCACCAGCACGUGCUCACCACCUACUCCUGGCGUGUCCGAGUGAGGAGCUAAGCUCGUCUCCUGGGCCACAGAGGCCUGACAGAUAAAGCUCUGUGUUUGA